GCGCCUCGAGCUUCCGGAGUUCGCUGUCAUGGCGGCAGGGUGCUGCAGAUCUUCCUGAGGGGAAGCUUUCUCCGGACGCCAUGAAGAAAGCGUCGCCGAUGCCCUUUGAGGUUCCUCGAGAACCGCAGCAGCCUGAGGAAUGCGAAGGCCGCCUCUCGCCUGGCAGCGGAAGCUCUUGCUCUGCAUCUCUGUCCAGCGGCUCCGAUGACCUUGAACCUGAAUGGUUAGAUAGUGUACAGAAAAAUGGAGAAUUAUUCUAUCUAGAGCUGAGUGAAGAUGAGGAAGAAACUCUCCUUCGGGACACCUCUCUGGAUAUGCCUGUGGUGAACCGUGUCAGGUUUUGUGAAAAUGAAGCUGAGGUUAUUCGUGAGCGAUCUCAAAAAGAGAGAAAGAGUGAACACAGGCUGGAAAAGUUCACUAAAAUAUUAAAAUAUAAAAGGUUUUUAUCAAAACAUUCUAGUAAGAAGAUGUCAAGUGACAAAUGUGAUGUUCAUGCCUCUGGCCCAGCAUCCAUACUGAAACACCAUUCUGGUCAGAGGAUGGAGGAUGUGGCCCAGCAAUGUUACAAAGAUGUCUGCCUUUAUGUAAAUCCGAAGAGGCUAUCAAAUGCUGAGAGAGGAGAGCAGUUCAAGCUUCUGGAAUCAUUAAUAGGGAUUAUCCAUCAAUCUCCAUGGAGAAAAACUGAAAAACAUAAUCACAGUAUUGAAUCUAGAAGUGCCAAUGAAGAGAAACUCGUAGUAAAUGGUUUGAUACCAGGCAGCUCAGCAAUAAACUCUGGUCACAUCUUGAUUGGAGAUGUUCUUGUUGCAGUAAAUGAUGUUGAUGUAAACUCUGAAAAUAUAGAAAGGGUUUUGUCUUGCAUUCCUGGUCCUAUGCAGGUGAAGCUUACGUUUGAAACAACAUUCUUUGAGUCAAAAGAUGCAUCCCAACAAAGAUGUAAGCAGACGCAAUCCUCCAUGAAUAACCUGCUCAAAGUGUUGCGGAGAGACCAUUACAAUGAUCCACAGUUCUCCAUCCAAAGUAUACCACAUAUUAUUAUGUACCUCUCACUCAAACUGGAUUCUGAUACAUCUAAGGAUGAGCAAGAAAUUCUUUACCAAUAUCCCAUAUCAGAAGCUUCCCAAAAAAUGAAAAGUGUAAGAGGAAUAUUUCUAACGCUGUGUGACAUACUGGAAAACAUGACAGGAACACAUAUAAUCAGUUCAUCAAUGUUUUUAUGUGGAAAACUGAUCCAUGUCGCUUACUGGAAGGAAUCGGAUAAUCUCCUUGUAAUUGGCCUUCCAGCUGAAAGUGUCCCUCUCUCUCAGCUAAGGAACAUGAUUGCAGAUGUUGUCCGGACUUUGAAAUUUAUGUAUGGCUCUCUAGACAGUGCUUUUUGUCACAUAGGAAAUGUUUCUCGGUUGGAUCACUUUUUCAACCUGUUCUUCCAGCAAGCCCUUCACCCUGCCAGACUCAGCUCAUAUAACAGCCCUAGUUCUCAACACUAUGAUAACUGCAGUGCAUUGCUUUUAUACAACUUUCCAGGAGUGCGGUGGUUGUGCCUUCCACAAGAAAUUAAGGUAGAAAUUGAUACAGCUCUGAGUGAGUUGGAGGCGGCAGACUUUGCAGAACUGUCGGAAGAUUACUAUGACAUGAGACGACAAUAUACAAUUUUGGGUUCAUGUCUCUUCUACAAGGGAUAUUUAAUUAGUAAUCACUUGCCAAAGGAGGAUUUAAUUGAUAUUGCAUUAUAUAGCAGGCAUUAUUGCCUCUUGCCCUUGGCAGCAGAACAGCGCAUUGGUCAGUUAGUAAUAUGGCGAGAAGUGUUUCCACAACAUCAUCUUCAGGCAUGUGAAGCAUCUUCUGAAGGGUAUGAAGAACCCAGAGCAAGAUACUUUUUACUCAUAGUUGGUCUGAGGCACUUUAUGUUGAGUGUCUUGCUGGAAGCGGGAGGUUGUGCUUCCAAGGCCAUUGGAAAUCCAGGGCCAGAUUGCAUAUAUGUGGAUCAGGUGAAAGCAACUAUCCUUCAGUUGGAUGGAAUAGAUCUCAGCAUAGAUGAGUGUUUGGAAUCGCCCUCCACUCCGCUGCUAUCCUGUGUAGACUGGUUCCUCCCUGCAUCGCGGGACAAACUGGAAAGCUUGACCAGCUUGUCUUUUCUCAACAAACUGCAGUACACAGCAGGCCCUCCCGCAAGUAAAAAAGUGCCAUUUAGUGAUUCUUCCUUAAGGACACGUAAGCCUAGUCCCUUAAGAAAUAGUGGGGUGCCUGACAAUGAUAGCAACAGCCCUGAAGCAGGAAGUGGGAACCUUAAUACAAAUCCUGUGCAACUGAAAGGUCCUGGACGACUUGAUGGAAGUAAUAGUCUGUUUACGAUCGCUAAAAAGAAGAAUAUUCUUCCAAAUCCUUUUAAUUUAGGAACCCUCAAAAAGAACCUUACAGAUAAGGAAGCUGAACUGUAUAAUGUUAUGAAGUUGACAUCUGGUCCUGAAAACACUCUCUUCCACUAUAUUUCUCUAGAAACAAUGCAUGGAAUUUUUAUCACUCCAACACAUGCUGAAGUCGCACAGCUGAGUGGAACUAUCCAUCCCCAGCUCAUCAAGAAUUUCCAUCGCUGUUGCCUUUCCAUCCGUUCCAUUUUUCAACAAACUAUAACAAGUGAAGCUAAAAAGACUGCAGGUACUAGAAGUUCAGAUCGCAAAAAAGCAAAUUCUGGCCUACAUCAAGUGAAAGAACAUGGGGUGUUGUUUGAAUGUUCUCCUGACAACUGGACGGACCAAAAGAAACCUCCACCAACUAUAAUGUACUGGGUUGUGGGGAGACUCUUCAUAGAUCCCAAGCCUCGGGAGUUUUAUGUCUGUUUUCAUGACUCAGUUACAGAGAUUGCUGUUGAACUGGCUUUUAAGCUAUCUUUUGGCUUAGCUCUGUAAAUUUGUUUACUUAUACGACCAUCAUAAACCUUCCAGCACACUUAAGGCACAAAAAUAAGAAUUAAAUUAUGGUUUUGUUCUGAAGCUCUUUGAAGUGUUCCUCUAGAAUAAUCUCCUUGAUGAAUAACUUUUCAAAUGUUUAUAAUAAUACUUUGGUGUCAUCAACAGUAUUCUGAGUAGACUGACUUUUCAAAUUACUUAUUUUAAAAAAAAAUAUAAGCAAGUUGUGAUUUUCUCUUUACUGCCUUGCAACAAAUUUUGCACAUAAGCGCUGUGAUCAAGAAGAAUCUGUACACAUGAACCAUAUGUAGAUCUGCAUUCUCAGAGCUGAGUUUCUUUUUUUGCAAGGUUUAAAAGCUCCAAACAUCUGUUACACUUUCCUCAGGUUAAAAAUGCAGUUGGGCAGGGGCAGCGAUCUGUGGGGCACUUUGUGAAAAUGAACAGCCGUAAAGAACUCAGUUUCACACACACACACUUCUGGACUUCCAACUUAGGGAGUGUAAUCUAUAUAUAUAAAAAUGUAAAAAUCUUGAAAUUGACGGCCGCUAUGUUCUCCGUAACCGCUUGACCGAUCGUCCUGAAAUUUUGACACAGCGAUUCAGGCCACUCCCCAAGGGUUGUAGGGGACAUGAAAAACCUCAAAUCACACACCUUGGCAGGAUUUGACCCGCUUUUCCACCAAGUCAAACAGCGCCCUCAAGUGGAAUUCCUCCCACAGUACACCCCCUCCCUUCCUGUGAAAUCUAAGCCACACCCACAAAUCAAAUGACAUCAUCAACCAAGCAACUGAAAGUCGGCCAUUAUCAAACCCCUAGGCCCUGCCAGGCUGCUAGGCCUCCACUAGGCCUGGGGGGGGGGGAUAACCCACAAACCCCACCUCCGCCACGAGAUCCUGUAAAACAGGAGGCCUUGGCUCCAUUUUACAGACUAGGCCUCGGCUCUACAGCCCUUUAAAUACUAUCCCGAAUGGAGCCCUGGGUGGGAGGUGGGGGGAGGAGAAGCCCAAAUAGGACAUGGGCUGACGUAGGUUGGGGGGAGCAACUGUCCAACAGCCACCGAAACAGCCAUUCCACCCCAAGCUCAAAGCCUCUCCCGGCGGCUGCAUUAAUAAACGCCUGGCAGCAUUAGGCAGUCGUUCAUCAUUUCUCCUAACACACUCUUGGGGGCACAGAGAGGGGUUUUCGCUUUAUAAUUUAGUGGCCGUUGUGUAAUGCUUAGAAAUCCUGCUAUGGCUUAUUUUAUGGGUAUGUCUUAUUUUAGGAGAAACAACUGAUUGUAAGCCUCUGUGUCUUUUUUUAAAAAAACAACAACAACCAUGCACUUUCUCUCCCCAGUUUAAGUCCUCAGAUAUUUGCAGUGGCCACCCCCCACCCCAUUUACAAUAUCUCCCCUCGGCUUUGCAGACUAGGCCGCUUUCCAGACCAGGCCAAGUGGAGGUGGGGGGCAAUAGAGGGCAGGGAUACGUAAUGGGUCAGAACGGGGGGAGGGAGACACAGGGAUGAAACCUGCCCUCUCCACAGUGUCUCGCCUCGACUCAGGGGGACUCUGAGGCUCAGGGGGAUCUGAAGGGGGGCUAUUACCCUCCAUUUCACAGACUAACGCACAGCAACGCGUGCAGGGCCAGCUAGUGUUUAAUAUAUUACAUAGUGUACAGUAUUCUACACAUGCAAUGGAAUAUAUUAAAGAUCAGUGGGGGGGGAAACAACACCUGAACUUUUUCUGAUUUUUUUCUUACACAGUGGGGGGGGGAAGACUACCUUACAUUAAAGGGCUAUAAUAUUUUAUACAAUAAAUGAUGUUAUGUAUAAUUAUGUGAAUGAAUAAACAUUACUUGUUAUAAAGUAACAUUGCCCUUAUUGAUGCUCUGCGGCAAACAUCAGAAGGAAAUAACCAUUUUGCUUUCAAAAAAUUGUAUAAACUAUUUUUAUUUUAUUUAUUUACAAUAAAGACACAUAUUUGCAGAAUGUGUCCUGUAUAUUUUUAUACUCUCAUAUGGGACUGUAUACAACAUUUCACAAGCAGGAGGAAGGUCACACAACCAGCAUUUCCACUUCCCCAUAAGCUCCCUAUAUGCACAAAAGCCUCUGCAGAGGGUUAAGGGCAUCUGCUUAACAUUGUGGGCUGAUCUUAUGGGGCUGGCAGAAGAAUCUUGCACCAUUCACACAAGAUUCCCAGUUACUGCAUUCAUUCUUAAUGUUUACUAAUUAUUACGCAACUUAACUGGAAACAUCACUUCUCUUACUGCAGAAAUAUCUCCUAGGCCAGGGAUGGGGAACCUGUGGCCUUUUAAAACAUACCGGAUUAUCAUUCCCAUUAGCCCCACUCAUAACCAACAAUUGGGGAUAAUGGGAACUCUAGUCUGAGGUUCCCCAUCUUUGCCUCAGGUAAUCUUAACAGCCUUGUGGGUUUGCUUGGUCAUAAUUCUCCAAAAUAAUAAAAAUAAAGACUCUGUGGCCUCUUAACUUUUGUACC